AUGCGCCACAGAGUGCCGUCGUGCGUGUUUCACCGACACGAGGUGCCAGACACGAGCGAGUACAUGUGCGCGUUUGCAGAGUUGGCGGAGGUCCGUCAGGCGCUUGGCCUGCAGGAGAAACCGACGGCCGCAGUACCAGGCAUUCACCCCGCCAGCCUCGCGUUGCGCGAGUCAGUCUCCAUGAUUCUCUCGCACGCCGAUUACACCUCCCUCACCCGCUGCCACACGGUUGAAGGGCUCACAGAAGAGCGGGCGGUUGCGUUCUGGGAACAUGCCACAAUGUUUGCCGCGGAACAUAUACUGAACUCUGCCAGUGCCUCAUUGCGGCGUGGCACGCCUGUGAUGGGAGUCUUCAUCACGCGGAACGCCCCGGCGGACUUUGCCGUGGGCCUCAUCACACAGGGCACAUUACGAGACCAACGUUUGCAGGAUGCGCUCGCUCGGUUCUCCGCUCCGCACACGCUGGCGAAGGUGCACGCGGAGCUCCCCCUCUGCGCCGCCCACCGUGCGGCGACGCUGCGGCUGUGGUGGGAGCCACGGGCAGAGCGUGUGACCCCGAACCGUGUCAUGCCCCCAAUGAAAGUAAUUAUAGAGCAGCAACUGCGGCUGGAUGAAGCCCAAUUGAGCGGCUAUGCUGCGGUGAGCGUAUUUCUUUGUCGUCCUGCGGCGGCACAGCUUUGCGGCUCCACGCGGAAACUCUUGAUUGACGCCGCUGCAGUUGCUCCCGAGAAGACCGCGGCCCCUGCUGCCGACAGGAAAAGGGAGAAAAGGAAGAAAAGGUCUGCCGCAUUUGCGCUGGAUGACCCGCAUGGUGCCGCCCGCUGCCGGGAGCAGGAGCAGGAGCAGCAGCGGCGGCGGCGUACGGUUGUCCUGCACUUUGACGAUCUCUCCGUCCUCGAGGAGGGCGAGCACCUCAUCGGCGUGGAGGUGGAGAGGCUGCCGUCGUACAAGGCGUUUGUCCCUGCGCUCUACGGCCACUUGGCUCCUUUUCUCGUGGUGGCUCAUGAGGAUGCCUAA